GCGAACUCCUGCAGGAACGUUAGCCUCUCUGAGGGCGCAUUAUAAUGAUCUCUUACCUUUCCGAUGGACGUAACAGUUCUGCUUAGCUUAAAGUAAAUUGCCUAACUUUAGGGACCAUUGCUUUCUGUUCUGCACACCUGCUGCAACGUUUUUUUCCGCCCUGGAAGGCGAGGGAGGGCUUGUCAUGUAGUGCCUCAUUAAAACACCGCAGGCUGAAAGUCGGCGGAUUGAUUUAUUGAAUGAAUGUUUGAUGUCCUCAUUCACGCGAGUGACCUGGCCGAUAACUGCUAAAUGAAUGGAGGGAGGAGAGGUAUCACAUGCUUUUCUUCCUUUCCUUUUCUUUAAAUGUAUUGAUUAUAUUGUAUUGGUAGUCCUCCGCUCCUAAUGCUGCUUAGUGGUAAGAUAAUCCAAUAUAGUGGGCGGAGGUAAUUGACCCCAUGUUGAUAGAAGCGCUGGAAGGAAACCAAGCAAACCGGGGGUGGAUGACUUCAUGAGUGGCAGUGAUCGGCAGCUGUUCUCUUGUUGAACAGCAGAGGGCAACGCCAACAAUCUCUUCUCUGUUUCACCAAACUGGGCUACAGGUCAUCGCCUUGAUGCUUCACAAAGGCUGUAAGAAACAACACACAGCAGGCCUUUGGACUGAAGAUGAAUAGCUGUGGUUGGCAGAGGCGACCUCCGUGCCGGACAGCCCGCUGUUAUCGCCACUGAUCGCCAGGUGCAUCAGCUGAAAGGCAACAGCAGCUUCCACUGGAGACAAUACACAAAAGAGCGUGGAAACACAAGCACACACAUACACACACUGCCUAAAUUCAUAUGCAUUUUUUUUCACAGUAUAACAAAUGUCCACUGAGUCCACGGAGGGCAUUUUAUGGCAUCAAAAAGGCGCAUUAUUUAAUCCACCACACAAUGUAAUAAUACUUCAAUUGUGUUAUUAUCUGUAUUAUUAUUGUUGUUGUUGUUGUUGUUGUUGUUAUUGCUAUGAUGGCAGGUCAGGCCUCAGUAAAAUAUCACUUUGGGCUGUCUGCUUUAGGUUGCCUGUCUGUGUGUUGUUAUUGGACUGUGUGGAGCUCACUGUACUCUGCUCCAAUAGCAUCCCAAUAGCAGUGAAUGGAGGACUGAAAAAAAAAGUGUAGCCAUGCAUGCAGGAGUGGGAGGAUCUACUCGCUUCAAUCUCGAUCUCAGACUUUUGCAGCGACAGGGGCACAACCAACCAACCGUCUCUGUUACUUCCAAAGAGUUACUGCCGGGACAUCCUACACACACACACUCAUACACACACGCACACACACACACACACACACACACUAUACUAUCUUUGGAUUUGUUCUCAACUUUUACUUCUGCGCUUUUUUCCUUGGCGAGACUGUAAUCCCGUGAAGACAUUUUUCCAGACUUCUCCCGUCGGCUUAGGGGCGAGAAGAUAAAGCUUCCUCGGUCCUCUUAUCAUAACAGGCUGUAUCCCACACGGAUCUCAGACGGCUUCCUACACAGCAUUUUUCCCCCUCCGAUCAGCUCUGUGUGCCCGGGAUUUUCGUGUCACGUCUGACCGUAUUCUUAUGGAUAUUGCAACAGGUCUGGUGUCACUGGAGCGCCUCUCCGCGGGUGAACAGUCCGAGACGUGCAUCAUGCUAGACGGCAUUAAAAUAGAAGAUCACCCCCUGCGAUCGGGACAAGCCACACUCGGAGUUAUGCUCGGGACUGAAUGUCAUCACAGAUCCGUGUGUGAAGGAUGCCAGCGUCCCAUCUCCGACCGCUUCUUGAUGAGAGUCAACGAUUCCUCGUGGCAUGAAGAGUGUUUGCAGUGCACCGUGUGUCAACAGCCCCUCACCAACAGCUGUUACUUCAGAGAAAGGAAACUUUACUGCAAACACGACUACCAACAGUUGUUUGCAACCAAGUGCAGCGGCUGCAUGGAGAAAAUCGCCCCCACAGAGUUUGUGAUGCGUGCUCUGGAGUGCGUCUACCACCUGAACUGCUUUUGCUGCUGCGUGUGCGACCGCCAGCUGAGGAAGGGCGAUGAGUUUGUUCUGAAGGAGGGUCAGCUGCUUUGCAAGAUUGACUACGAGAGGGAGAAAGACUUACUCAGCUCGGUCAGCCCGGAUGACUCAGACUCAGAGAAAAGUGACGAUGAGGAGUUGGACAUCAAGCCAGAGAAAGGCAUAGGGAGCCAGGGGAAGGGGGAUGACAGCAAGGAUCCAAGGAGGCCCAAAAGACCACGAACCAUUCUGACCACUCAACAGAGACGGGCCUUUAAGGCUUCUUUUGAGGUCUCUUCAAAGCCCUGCAGAAAGGUGAGGGAGACUCUGGCUGCAGAGACAGGACUCAGUGUUCGGGUGGUCCAGGUGUGGUUUCAGAACCAGAGAGCUAAGAUGAAGAAGUUGGCAAGAAGACAGCAGCAACAACAAGAACAACAGAAUUCUCAAAGACUUGGCCAAGAGGUGAUGUCUAAUCGAAUGGAAGGGAUGAUGAACUCCUUCACACCGCUGGCUCCGCCGCAGCAGCAGCUGGUCGCCAUGGAUCAGAAUGGUUACAGCACAGACCCGUUCCAACAGGGGCUCACCCCCCCACAGAUGCCCGGGGACCAUAUGAACCCAUAUGGUAAUGAUUCUGCAUUCCAUGACAUAGACAGUGACACGUCCUUAACCAGCCUCAGUGACUGCUUCAUGGCAUCGUCAGAAGUCAACUCCUUGCAGGCCCGCGUGGGGAACCCCAUCGACCGCCUCUACUCCAUGCAGAACUCUUAUUUUGCGUCAUGAAAACAGAAGAGGAAGCUAACAUUAGCGCAGAAUAAACUGCCCAUCUCAACCUGAAGAGCGAUGGAUGGCCAGGACCUACGCUAACAUGGACAUGACAGAAGAAACACCUCCUUGCAGUAGCUCCUGGUUAUGUGUGGAAGCUUACUGAAAAGAUAGUAAAACCACUUAUUGUAGGACAGUGACGAUUCCUGGGGGAAAGACUUAAAUAUUGUUAGAGAUUAUUUGGUAGGAUUGCUUAUUUGUCACAGGAAAUAUUACUCUUUUCUUUGUUCACUUAAAGGAAAUAAGUAGAUAUUGAAGCCACUGAUUACACACUCUCAAGCCAAAUAACACAAAGAAUUUAUACAGUGCAUGAUCAAUUGUAAACAAAAAGUUUUUGUAAGCUCCCCCCUCCCUCCCUUCCUCCCCCAGUUAAGAUGUGGUGUUUGGACUGUUUCUUCUUUCACACUACAUGGGAUUCCAUGUUCACCGUUAGCAUUUUGAUCACUUUCCAUAGGUUUAGAUAUUGUGUUAAUAGUAAAUAGGUGCAGCAUGUCUGCAAGAGUGACUGUACAUUUGUGUAUGUAUGAGAGAAAGAACUGUUUAGCUGAGACAAAAGUGGAGAAUUUGGUGGACAAGUAGGAUCAGUGAAGUGUAAAUACUUUCCCCAGGCAAAUUGGAUGUGCAUGUUAAAAAUGGAAAGCAUUCUAUUUAUUUAACUAUAACAGGCUCUUGAAGGUACAUAUUAAAACUGAAAAGCUUUAUUUAAAAAGGAGAGCAUUUUUGUUGAGGAAUUAGUGAGUUCAUGAGUAUCACAGCUCAUCUGUAUACCUUUUUAAUAUGAAGAUUAACCCUCUUGUUUUUGUUUUAUUCAGCCAAGCUGUAAAUGGGCAAAGUUGCUAUUUAUUUCAUACAGACCAUAAACCUUUUGUUGUCAUUGUCCUAUGUGCAUUAUCAAAAUGUUAAAGUUGCUAAUUGACCAAAGUCGACUGGUUUGAUGAAUAAACAAUGUCUUUCUCCUGAUAAUGUUAAAUAAAUACCAUCAGUGACAAGUCAUCAAGUAUUACCAACUUUUGGGGCUCAAAAAUUAAGCCAGUGUGGGAGUGCCAAAAACUGCAGUUGCUCAAAUAACAACUUGAGGCUAAUUCCAAAAGAAAGUCAGUCCUUUUGAUGUUUUGCAGACAUGUGAUUAACCCUCUGAUGUUAACUUGUCUAUCAUUUUGGACAUGUGACAGUCAUGGUAUGAAUAAGGCCCCAAUCACACCGGCCUAGAGAACUGUCUGUGACCAUCCAGUAAUCUUUCGUCGUGAGGGGAAAAUUAGUAUUGCCUGACUGGUUAUGGGUAGUUGCUGGAGGUUGAUGGCAGUCGCUGGCAAAAUGAUUGUUAAAGCCCCAGUCACGCAGGCCAACAGACCUGCCAGUGACCCCCUUUCAAACAAUGGUUGCUAGCAAAAAAUGUGUAUUCCCCAACUGGUUAGCAAGCAUACUAGCAUACUGCUGCAAUCGUGGUUUGAAUGGAAGUGGCAGAAUUGUCUACACACAAUGGCCAGCUAGUCCCUGAGCUGCAGUUAAACUGUGAAAAGUUUUUCAUGUUUGUCUACAAACACUUGUAAACUACUAGCUGAGCUGUAGUAAAACCUGAAAAAGUGCAACACAAACCAGAAAUGGAGACCAUCUGUCCUCAAAGUAAAAAUUGAAACAUGUUGGCUGCAGCACUGAGGCUCAACUUUUACUUUGAAGAUGAACCUUCUUCUUCUUCUUCUUCUGGUUUGUGUUACAGUUUUUAAAGUUUUUAUAUUGCUCAGCUAGAAGUUAACAAGUGUUUGUAGACACAGGAAAAAACUAUAGGCAACUGUGGAAAUAACAACCGAAGCUAUCCCCAGGACCCAGAACUUAUCUCUCUCAGCAACAGCCACUGUUGCCGCUGCCAUCUAGUCAGGGUAAAACACAUUUCCCUAGCAACCAUGGUUGUAACAUGUGUAAUACAACUGACAACUCUUGAUCAAUGUGUGUAGGAUGUCACUCGAGAAACUUUAAUAGACUAUGAAUCAUGGUAUUAACUUGGUUAGGCAUCAAACACCUAGAUCUAGAGACCAGUAAGUGAACCUCUAGAAAUCUCCAAUCACUAGGGAAAAAUUUGGUAUAUUGCCCAAUUCGUUGGCUGCUGCUAGUUGAAAUUGGUCCCAACAAAGGUGCUGCACCAAAGCCCUUUUUGUGAUUGUUUUGGUCACUAGCAUUUUGCUGGGGUCACCUGUAGUUUCCAUGGAGGACGUCAGCUUGUCUACAAAUAUCCACCAUUUAUUCUCCAACCUGUUCAGAAAAUUGAAGAAGUGCAAUGCAAGCUGGAAACAGAGACUGUUCACCUUCAGAGUAAAGGUUGGGCCUCACUGCUGCAACUAACACAUUUCAAAGGCCCAAUUUUGACUUUAAGAUGAACAGUCUCCAUUUAUGGUUUCCAUCAUACUUUACCCAGUUAUACUAGAAUUUGGUGAAUACUUUGCCAGUGUUUGCAGACAAGUUGCUGUCUUCCUUACAAAGUGCUAGUGACCAAAGCAAGAAGGUUUUCAGUGCAGCCCAGUAUACCUCUCACAAAUUGCACAGACUUUUCCCUAGCAAUUAGUGGGGGUUACUGACUGGUCCAUAGUCCUGCAUGAAUAAGGCCUUAGCAAGGUGAAUCCAUGACUGUAUGGGUGCAUCAUGCAGACACAGAUAUCUCCAAGUUGGUGCAAACAUA